AAUAAUAAUAAUUAGUAAUUUUUAAUAAUAAUUUUAGUUAUUAAUAAUUAGUUAGUUAGUUAGAUAGCCAGUUUUUUUAUCUUGUGUGCAAUAGUGUGGAUAGCUGUUUAUUUCUAAAAUGGAAAAAUUUCUAGUACAUAAAACUAAAAAGAUGAAUCCAGAUUCUGAAGCUUCAUCCUCAAAACGACAACGUCCUGAAUCUCCUGUACCUGUAUGUGAUAAAAUUGGUUCUUCUUCACUCUCGCAAUCACCUUCAACGGACAAGAAAUUCAACAAACGGCGUAAAUCCUCUACCGUUUGGAACUAUUUUAAACGGUCGUCUAAUGGAAAAUUAGCCAAAUGCACUACUUGUGGGAAAGAAUACAAAACCAGUGGCAAUACCAGUAACUUAUCGGAUCAUUUGGCAAGGUUCCACCCCAUUAGAAGUUACAAUGGUGUACAAGAGGUGUCUACAUCUAGUGAUAACGCUAAUUAUACUACAACCACAGCUAAACCAAAUGUAGUAUCAGUCAGUUCAUUUUUUAAAAGAGAGACUCAUUAUGACAGUCAAUCUGAAAGAAAAAAACUAUUGGAUAGAGCUGUAGUAGAAAUGGUUUGUUUGGAUUACCAACCAUUUACAAUUGUGGAGGAUGUUGGAUUCAGGCAGCUAGUGUAUAAAUUAGAUCCACGCUAUGUAUUGCCUAGUGCUUUUACCGUAGGUGGAAAAUUACUAAGUGAAUUUUAUACAGAUAUAUCUAACAAACUGCAAGAUAUUUUAAGAAAUAUCGAUUUUGUUGCCAUAACCUGUGAUGGGUGGACAUCAAGAGCUAUGGAAUCAUAUGUAACGGUUACAUGCCACUAUGUUGAUGAAGAUUUUAAAUUAAAUGCUGUUGUGCUUUCUACAAAACCCCUAACUAAUGGCAUUCACCACACAGCAGAAAAUAUUGCCGAAACAUUGUCAGAAAUUUUUAAUGAGUGGAAUUUGGAACAAAAAGUGAGCUGUAUAGUAACAGACAAUGCUCCAAACUAUAUAAAGGCAUGUAAAUUGUUAAAAAAACGCCAUAUUCCAUGUUACGCACAUACAUUGAAUUUGGUCGUUCAAGAUAAUCUUAAGUAUGUGCAAGAUUUUAUAACAAAAUGCAAAGAUAUUGUAACAUUUUUUAAGAGCAGUAAUAUUGCUACAAAAUUGUUCAAAAAGGAACAGGAACAAGAUCGAGCUCAGCAAUAUCAAUUACUGCAGGAAGUUUCAACUCGUUGGAAUAGUACCUAUUAUAUGGUUCAAAGAGUUCUGACCACAAACGAUGCUAUAGGUAGGACCAUUUUAAAAUUACGCAAACCUCCUCAGCCUCUCUCUGUUGAUGACAUCAUUGUGUUGACAGAUGUCCAAAAAGUUUUGCAAUGCUUUGAAGAAGCAACUAAGAAAAUAUCAGGUAGUGAAUAUGUAACAAUUUCCUUAGUUAUUCCAAUUACAUUCGGAAUUUACAAUAUUUUAACACAGUUAUUACCAGAAUUAGCAAGUGAAGAAGGUAAAAUAUUUUGUAAAAAAAUGAUAGAAUCUGUGAGGACAAGAUUAUUUCCCUAUGAGCUAAGAACAGCAACAAGAGUUGCAACUUUACUUGAUCCUCGAUUCAAAAAGGAAGGAUUUAGGGCAAAAGAGAAUGCAGAAGCUGCUGCUACCCUUUUAGAACAGGAUAUGUAUAGUUUUAUGAAAAAAAGACAAGAGAAUUCCAUUUCACAAGACAAUACUGAAGAAAUCAGUAAAACUCAAACAAAUACCACUCGAUCUCUCCUUGGCUUCCUAGGAGAAAGGAUUGGAGAAAAGGUUAAAUCAGUUACAGCAGAUGUUAUCAUCACAAAGAGACAGUAUUUAGAACGAACAAAUUCUGACGAACAAAGUGACCCUCUUUUAUUCUGGAAGGUGACAGGCAAGGAACUAACUCCAAUGGAAGAUUGUGUCAAUCAAUAUUUUUGUAUACCAGCUACAUCUGUGGAAAGUGAACGCACCUUUAGUGCUACAGGUCAAAUCAUAACAGAUCGCCGUUCCAACUUAAACCCAGAAAAAGUUAAAAUGUUAACAUUCUUACAUCAAAAUUUUUCUGCAGUGCAAUUUUAAAAUCUAAGUAUGUAAAUUUUUUAAUAUAAAUGUAAGUAAUUUCUUGCUAUUAUUUCAUUUCAUAAAAAUUAACCAUGAUUAACAUCUAAAUGUAUCAGGCAAAUUUUAAUUUUAUUAUAAUAAUUACUAAUUGCACUACACUGUUGGUUCUUACAUUCAUUCUAACAAAAUAAAU